UAUUGUGUGUAGAUUGAUGAGAGAGAAAAAAACGAUGUAAUCCAUUUUAGAAUAAGGCUGUAACGUAACAAAAUGUGUAAAAAGUGAAGGGGUCUGAAUAAUUAAUUAAAUGCACUGUAUAAUGACGAGAUGCUCAUAUCUCCGCUUUAACAACGGGAGUCGUUGUCCCAAAGCCUGGAAUGCAUGCGACAAGCUUAGGUUCAAAAUAAUCCCAUUGAACGCUAGCGAAGCCAGUGAGCAUUUGGUCUCCCUUGAUAAAAAAUAAAAAAAGGAUAAAAUAAUUGCAAAUCAGCGUUGAUUUAAACUGAGUGAGCUCGAAUGUGAAUGGUCCAAAAAAAGGUUUGGAUUUGGCUUCAGACCAAUCACAUCAAAAGCAAAAUGUCAUUGUCAGAAAAAACUUGAAUUGUUGUAUCUCGUUGUGUCGUUGUCCUCCGGUGGCUAUUCAGCUAGCUAAAAUGUACCCUUCCCUAAAUUUGCCAUGUAUGGAGAUAGAGAUUUGGACUUGUGGUUUUACUUAAUUCUCCGCACUGGCCAAUGAUUAAAACGGCAAAUCUGAUCUAAGCAUAAAUUCAUAAAUUGUUGUGCCUCUGGCCUGAGAGGAUGGAAGUUCAAUAUGUAGUUAGAUGUAGUACGCUAAUCUUAACUAGUUGGCUCAUCGUUGCCCAUGAAAGGAAGCUAGGCUAGCGAGCAAGCGCUUUAGCAAGGUAGCCAAGAACAACUAAACUGAAAGGGUGUACUGUAUGACAGAGUCAUAGACCGCUUCGUCAACAUGAACGAGAGGAGGAUGACAUUGGCGUUUCUCUACAAGUAGGGUGAGUCAUGUUUUUUCUACUUUUCUACACACACACACACACACACACACACAAAUCAGAAAUCAUGGACAGCCAUAUCAUAUCUAGCUUAUGUACGAAAUAGUUUUUGGUAUCUUUAGUUGUCACUGUUUUAGACUAAGCAGAGGUGAUUUGAAGAUGUUGAAAUGUUUUCAUUGAAAUGGUGCUGGAAUAGUGGAGGCAGCUCCUGUUUUCUUUGCCUCUUGCGGGUAACUCUCUGUGGUUCUAAAUCAAUAGUUGUUUUGUAGUCCGAAAAUGUCAGAAACAUGAAUUUGCCAGACAAUGCUGUAGGUCAUGUAAAUCAAAUCAAAUCAAAUUGUAUUGUUCACAUACACAUCGUUAGCAGAUUAUAUUGUGAGUGUGGCAAAACACUUUAUGCUUCUAGUUCCGACAGUGUCAUUGUCAGAAAAAAUAUCUAACAAGUAUUAUCUAAUAAUUCCACAACAAAUACCUAAUACACACACAUCUAAGUAAAGGAAUGGAAUAAGAAUAUAUAAAUAAAUAGAUGAGCAAUGACAGAGCAGCAUAGGCAAGAUGUAGUAGAUGCUUUAAAAUAUAGUAUAUACAUAUGAGAUGAGUAAUGCAAGAUAUGUAAACAUUAUUAAAGUGACUAGUGUUCCAUUUAUUAAAGUGACCAAUGAUUUCAAGUCUAUAUGUAGGCAGGUAACAUCACAACAUUGUUUGUUACAUGGAAUAUGCUUUGUGGACAUCAACAGACAGUUGUUGCUCUCUGGUUUUGUGAUUAAACAAAGGUGUGGUUGAAUUUAUUCUGCCACAGUGUCUUAUUGUCUAGGCCUAUAUAUCACGGUGGCAAGGUUUAUGAACUAACAGGUUAUAGAGCAAACAACCCAAUUAUCACAACACCUAGGUUGUAUAGGUUAUUCUUUUCUGCCUUGUCUUCCUCGAUGAUGUUACCUACGCACAGCUACUGUAGAAACGAAUUGGGUUUAUUUUGGACAGAUUUUGGCGAGAGUGAAACCUCUCUCUUCGCCUCUUAUUCUCUGACUGAGCUUCCUCCCCUCACCAUAUUUGGGAAUGAAAAUUCCAACCGGAUGCUACAGAUUUAUACAUCCGGUAAAAAAUCUGUCUCUUUGUUCUAUCAUCUGUGGGCACCAUCAAAUAGGCGGCGCCUACUUCCCAAAUGGGCAAGAGUCAAACGAUCUACACUUGUCAUUUGACAAACCUUGCUUCUCGAGUUGGAUUGACAUAUUGCUUAACCAACCGCCAUGGUGUUCGUUGUGGUGGCCCUUCCCCCUCCGAUGACGUGGUGUUACUGUUAUAAUUUUUGUCGGAUAACAGGACGAAAGCCAAUGUACUGAGGUGAGAUGCUACAGUGUUGCACUAUUGGGGUCAACUGAAGUGCAAACGUUCGUUCAAAAAUAUACCAGAUUUCUCUGCUGACUUACAAGUGUCCCUGUUCUACCAGUCCUUGACCCAGUACGGUAGUAGAAUGUCUCGGGAACAGCUGGUGGUAGAGAGGGCAAGGAGGGCCUUCCAGACCGGUAUGUCGAAACCCCUGAAGUUCAGAGUUCACCAGCUUAAGAACCUGCACCGUUUCAUCACAGAGAGACGCAAGGACAUUGCAGACGCUGUCAAGAAGGACCUUAACAAGACUGAACACAGCACAGAGUUGUUUGAGACCCUGGGUCUGGAAGGGGAGAUCGACGUGGCUGUGGAGAGGCUAGCAGAAUGGGCUGCCCCUCGGCCUGUAGAGAAGAGCCUCCUCACCAUCUUAGACGAGGUAUACAUCCAGCCAGAGCCUCUGGGAGUGGUCCUCAUCAUCGGGGCCUGGAACUAUCCCUGGGCAGUGACCCUUCAGCCCCUGGUCGCGGCUAUUGCUGCAGGUAAUGCUGCUGUGGUUAAGCCGUCAGAGGUCAGCUCUCAUUCAGCCAAGGUCAUGGAGGAACUGCUCCCUCUCUACCUGGACAAGGAGCUGUACCCUGUAGUGUGUGGGGGUGUCUCAGAGACCCAGGAGUUGCUGCGUCAGCGUUUCGACCACAUCUUCUACACAGGGAACAGCACUGUGGGUAAACUGGUGAUGGAGGCCGCAGCCCGACACCUCACCCCUGUGACCCUGGAGCUGGGGGGGAAGAGCCCCUGUUACAUCGAUAAGGACGUCGACCUCAGAGUUGCGUGCCGGCGUAUCACCUGGGGGAAGUUUGUGAACUGUGGUCAGACGUGCAUCGCCCCAGACUACAUCCUGUGUGAACCCAGCAUCCAGAACAGAGUGGUGGAGGAGAUCAGGAAAUGCAUCACGGAGUUUUAUACGGACGACCCAAAGUCCUUCGAGGACUACGGACGCAUCAUUAACCAGCGCCACUUCCAGAGGGUGAUGUCACUGCUCGAGGGGAGUACUGUGGCCAUCGGAGGAGACAGCGACCAGUCACAAUGCUAUAUAGCCCCCACGGUGCUGAAGGACGUGACAGGGGGCUCCAAGGUGAUGCAAGAGGAGAUCUUUGGUCCCCUGCUCCCCAUUGUCACUGUUAGUGGAGUGGACGAGGCUAUACAGUUCAUCAAUGAGAGAGAGAAGCCUCUGGCCCUCUACGUGUUCUCACCUGACAACAAGUUGAUCAGGAGGGUGAUAGCAGAGACUUCUAGUGGGGCCCUAGUGGCCAAUGACUGUCUGGUCCACUUUACUGUCAGUGCUCUCCCCUUCGGAGGGGUGGGUAACAGUGGUAUGGGACGCUACCACAGCCAGCACGGCUUUGACCAGCUCAGCCACCUGCGUGCCUGUCUCAUUAAGAAGCUAAACCUGGAGGAUGCCAACGCCAUGCGUUACCCGCCCCACACGGCUAAGAAGCUGGGCUGGGCACGCUUCUUCCUCCUGAAGCGGGUCAACCUGCGCCGGCUCAGACGCAUGGCGCUACUGGCCCUGUUCUCUGCCAUGGCUGCCUUCAUAGUACAGAGGUUCCUGCGGUGAUGCUGAUGUGGGGAAACUGUACGUGAGGCUCCACCAUCUUGGACCCUGAUUUAGACUUGUCGUGCUGGGGCAACAGUUAUGUCUCAGUGUCAGUCAUAAACAUAGCAAAAUUGCAAUAGUUCAUUUUUAAUCACAAUUAUUUAACUGUUUUUAAAACAAGGGUUAUGAACCAUUAAUCAUUUUAGAGGUGUUUAUGAUGCAAGUAAACCUGUAUAUUGGAGGUUAUUUUUUAAAUUUCGUAUCGUGUCCUACACAUUUCAUCUCUGUUGCACUGUUGCAAAUGGAUUCUAACCUCAAUGGAAGACUGAGUACCAUGCAUUUGCAUUAUUCCUGGGAAUUUCCUAAAGGAGUGCAACUGUUUUGUACUGUAAAGAAUGUGCCUCUUGUUGUACUAGUUUUUAUAUUGAUUAUGUCAACAGUACUUUAUGUUUAGUAUAAAAAGAAAAGUUGCCUGCCUUAUAUACUGUCUUAACAUUAACAAUGAGAUGAUCAGUUUUUUAUUUAAGAUAUUAAAAUGACAUUUAGGCUUAGCUGUGAAAUUAUAUGUAAUAAGACUGUGAAGAGUUAUUCAUUUCAAAUAAAAAGUUAUCUUGUU